GGUCCUGCAGCGCGUGGAAUUCCAGCGCCUGGAAUUUUUUACUUUCACUUUCAAAUUCUCUCCGUUUUGAGAAGAGAGUGAAGCUGCUUGAGUCGUAGUUUCUCUGUGUUUGCAUGUCUCGCACGUCUCCACUGAAGAGGGUCUUUGGUGAUGUAUGGAGAGGAGCUGGGUGGGCGCUUUUCUGCUGAUUGCAUUCGAGUAGCAUCUGAGCUGAAGAGAAAAGGCGAAACACUUCGUCAGUCUUUCCAGAAACUCCCUCACAUGACGGCGAUGGCGGCGCAGAUGAUCUUUGUUCUCUUCAGUUUGGUCUCGAUCACAGAAUCCAGUGACGUGUUCGGACUUGUUGGAAAUUCUGUUCAAAUGGACACACAGCAUCCUGUACCAGAGUUUGAUGACUUAUCCUGGCUUUUUAACAGAACUAAUACUGUUCUAAAAUAUUAUCCUGAAUUUAAAAAAACUAAACCGUCUACUGCUUAUGAAGGCAGAGUGGAGUUCAAUGAGGAAACCUACAGUCUGACACUGAAGAACUUACAGAAGACUGAUAGUGGACUGUAUGAAGCUAAAACAGCUGGUGACGUGAACAAAGUUGUUGCUGAGUACAGACUCUCUGUGUUAGAUCCAGUAGAGGCUCCAGUCCUGACUCACCAGCUAAACAGAGACACCUGUAACAUCACUCUCACCUGUAGAGGUCAUGACCUCUCUAUCAACUCCAGCUGCUAUUAUGAAACCUGUGAGGAGAAAGAAGAGACAUCACAUGGAGGCGUCACCCUUUCCCUGUCUUUCAAUGGCAGCUCCAUCAUCUGUAAUCAUAGCAACCCAGUCAGCUGGAAGACAGAUGUUUUGGAGAUGAGAAAACUCUGUGGAAGUAAACAUGAAGAAACCCAUGGCCCAGACUCCAAUUUAACAGCGCCUGUCAUGGUUGGCGUAGUGGUUUUCAUCAUUCUUCUUGUUGCCUUCAUCAUCAUUUACCUCCACCGAAAGAAAUCAAGAAGAACAGUUAGCCUCUGAGGAGCCCAGUGUCAGUAACACCUAUGAAUCAGUUCCAGAUCAGCAUUUAUGCUGCAGCAUCUGAAGCCAGCAAAGCUGUGAAUCAAGCCAAAUUGGAUGAAGCCACAUCAGACAUGAGAAAUUAAAAGUCACUUUGAUUUACACAGAAGAUUGCCAGGGAUUUCACAGCCACCUUAUGGGAGUCCACAAAAGUACGACUGGCCAUUCUCUAAUUGGGUGGGAAAAAUGCUGAAGACAGCCAGUCCAAAGUCUUAGGUCAUGAAUACAAAGAGAAGCCCCCUUCAUAGUGCCUUCAGAUGUUGCAUCAACUCAAAUACAACAUUGGAAAUUGAUGACAACUAAUAUCAGGGAACAUUUAGGGUUACAAAAAAGAUGAACAUAUAGAUCAUUGUAGUUUAUUGCGUAGCACUGAAUACAUGUAAUAUGUAAAGGAUGAAUUCAGUCUAACCUCAACAACUUUUUUCAUUUAAUAUUUCAGUUUACACUGAGAUAAGGUCAUAAAACUGAACAAUUCCAGUCUUGCAUGUGUUUACAGAUCUGUGUUUAAUACAGAAACCUUUUCUAUGUACGUAUUUAAACAGGACUGGCUCUAGAAUCUAGAUUUUUUGCCUGGCACUGAUAGUCUGCUCUGCUUUCCUUUGUUACAACUCUCACUCUCUCUCUCUCUCGCUGCUGCUGUGUUUUCCUGGGGUUCUGGACAGGGUAGAGGGGCGCGCUCAUACAUAUUACAUCACGUAGCGGCCCAAUGUAUAGACAGCCUAGGUAAGGGGCGGCGCCAACCCGUGUAUUUCAGUUUUGUGUUGGGGAGACUAGUGUAGUCAGUGUUUUGUUUUUCACUAGGUGACUGACUCAACGAACUAGGGUAGUUUUAUUUUUCGUUGGUUUUGAUUAUUUCUUUCCUUUGGCGCCGUCCAGGUCCAGAAGUCCAUUUAGUUUUUCUUUUGACAGAUAUAAAUAUUGUGAAUAUUGGUGACUUGUUAUGUGUGGAGGGUCUCACUCACUCGUAUCUGGUGUGGUGUGAAAUAAACAGCACAAAAGAC